AUGGCGGCGGGUGUGUCGCUUCCACGUGCUGCCCCGUUGCUCUACAUAGCAAUCGGGGUGCUCAUUGGGCUUUGUAUCUCGAUUCUCACCACUUCCAGUGGCACCUACGAUACCAGUUUCUCCUUAUCUCGAGCCGAUCGUCUGGCCAUUAACUCACACGAUCGACACCACGAUGCACACGAUGAUGACAGUGUUGAUGAUAGUCAUGCUCCAGUGAAUGCUCUUCAAUUUCAUGGAAAUGAUUCAGGACAUCAUCAUGAAGGUGAAGGAGCGGUUGCUGAUGAAGUUUACAAAAAAGUACGAGUGCUUUGCUGGAUUUUGACUGGAAAGCAAAAUCAUGAUAAACGAGCGAAACACGUUAAGGCAACAUGGGCAAAAAGAUGUAACAAGUUGAUCUUCAUGUCCUCUGCGGAUGACGCUGAUUUGGGCGCAAUUAAUCUGAAUAUUUCUGAAGGGAGAGACUACCUCUGGGCCAAGACAAAAACAGCUUUCAAGAUUGUUCACGACAAGUAUUUGAACGAGUAUGAUUGGUUCUUGAAAGCCGACGAUGACACGUAUGUUGUGAUGGAAAACUUGAGAUUCAUGCUGUUAGCACAUAGUCCCGAUGAACCAGUUCAUUUUGGUUGCAAGUUCAAACCGUUCACUAAGCAGGGUUAUAUGAGUGGAGGAGCUGGAUAUGUGCUGUCGAGGAAAGCUCUUUCAAAAUUCAUUUCGGAAGGAGUCAACGAUCCAACGAAAUGUUCUCAAGAUCAUGGUGGAGCCGAGGAUGCUGAGAUUGGGAAAUGUUUGGAGAAAAUUGGAGUAAAAGCCGGUGACAGUCGAGACGCGGAAGGACAUCACAGAUUCAUGCCUUUUGUCCCAGAGCAUCAUUUAUUGCCUGGGCAUGUCGAUCCGACUUUCUGGUUCUGGCAAUACAUCUACUAUCCAUUCGAUCAGGGUCCAAAUUGUUGUUCGGAUUACGCGAUCUCUUUCCAUUACGUGAAUUCGAAUCUGAUGUAUGUACUUGAGUAUCUCAUCUACCAUCUUAAACCAUUCGGCAUCGAUCGAUCGCUCAGGGUAGCCGAAGGGCAAACACUUCUCGAUGCCGCUUACAAGACUGCCCGAAGGAAUAUGGGCGAAGACGAUGCAUUCAAAGAGGGAACAAAGACGCAGAAA